UCUUGUAGAGCUUACAUUCAUUCACGUACAUGACAUACGUCGACUUGCCACUACAUUGAAAGGUAGAAAAUAUUGUUUUUAGCAUUAGUUCCGGCGGUUGUUUUAAAAGGCUCGUAUACCACAUAUUUAUUCAUUAAUUUCGACAUUUAUAUAAAUGAAUUAAUAAUCAUAUUGUAGUUAACCAAAGCACCCAUUACCUAGUACCUAGUGAAGUUUCAAAAGUAUUAUAGCACUUGCUAACUUAACUACCAUGGUUUUAUAAAAUGAUACGAAGGUUUCGGAUCAAAAAACUUUAUUCACCAUCGAUGUUCGAUACUUACAUCGAGAUAUUUAUUUCCAUAUUGUGUGUGAGUUUGUGCACAUUUUGGUGGAUGGGAUGCACUUUUUCAUCAAGGUAAGUACACCAUUUGGUAUUAAAUAAUGAUCAUGUAAUUAAUACAAGAACGAAAAAAUUCUAUGAAGAAAACUUUUACAUACAUCUACUAACGACUAGUUUAUUCCAAAAAAAUUUUGUUUUUCUUAGACUCAAAACUAAUCGAACCGAACUUAAUUUAAUACGUCUUAUUUUCAAACUUCAGAACCAAAAUCAUUACGACAUAGAAAACCUUCUAGAUUUGGACCACGGCCUGGUAAUCCUAAAGAGGUCGAUUUGUAAGCCUCUAGCGGAAUUCAUGAGGGACUGUAAUCCUUGUAAGUGUGCGAGUGAUGGACUGAGUUACUCGUGUACACAUAAUGAGUGCUUGGAAACUGAGGCAGACAAGGAUAAAGAAGUUGAGGUCUUCAUGCAAAGUGAGGGCCAAGACCACAUAGAGCGCCACUCGGUCUGCCGCGCUAGCAACACGUUCUACAUCGGCUGCAACACUUGUCGCUGUAACAGGCUCGGCACUGACUAUUCUUGCACUAACAAGCCGUGCCCAUUGCCUGCUGAUGUCGAGUUGUUCCAUGAACUUAAGGAUCUAAAACCAGCGAUACCAUAUGGAGACAUUGACCACGAUCUAAAGGCCAUCAAGUUGUAAACACAGAAGAACUGUACGAUUUCACUGAAACUACAUGGAUUCGUGUUUAAUUUUUACUAUUAAAGCCAAAGUUAACAUAA